AUGCAUUACGACCACCGUAUCAUACUAUUGAUAGCAUACUUUGCUUACUCGUGCUUUGCAAUCAUUCCCGAUGUACAUGAUAAAGUACAUCAUCCCGAAACACAGCAUAAUUCGGAAAAUGGACAUUUAUCAUUACCCAAUUUACUACACAUCGACAGGAUUGAGGAUUUGGAGUUGGGCUGGAAAACGCUUGGAAAACCUGUUUUUGAACUAGGAAGAUUGAUUUUUAAGGAUGGAGGCAGCUCAGUUUGGUCUUUAGCCGACUUAGAGAACACGUCAAAUGAAUGGACUUUGGAGUUAGUGUUCCGUUCGUCAGGUACAGUGAAUGACGACUUAAAAUUCAAUGAAGAGAAUGGUUUCUCAUUGUGGCUCAUCAGCAGUAUCAACUCUUUACCAAUAGACGCCCAAAACAUGGAUAACUUUGGCGGUCCUUCUCAGUUUGACGGAUUCCAGUUUCUCUUCAAUAAUAAGGGAACCAAAGGGUUGAAAAUAUAUGGUAGCGAUGGCAGUAAAGUGAUUUCUAAUGAUCUUGACAGCACAAUUGGUAACUGUGCCUUCAACUACUUAGACUCGCAAGUUCCCUUCACAUUAAGAAUUUCAUACUCCAAGGAGAGAACAUGGUUCAAAGUACAGAUCGACAAUAAUGUUUGCUUCAAAACUGAUAAAAUCAAGAUUCCAGAAGAUAUUGGUGACUUCUCUUUUGGAGUAAGUGCAUCUAGCAGUUCGUAUUCGAAUGAAGAGUAUGAAUUACUUGGCUUGAAAGUUUGGAACAAAUUGACAGAAGAUGCGAUUGAUGACCAUGGAAUCAUGUCUAAUGGACAUGUGAAGGUACACUACACUACAGUCGUACUGAAACCCGAGCCAACCUCAAACGCUUACGUAAAACCAGGUUUUAUCAGAGAAUCACUCAUGGCCAGAACCCAAAGACACAAGGAAGAAUUGGAGCGCCAAAUGAAGGAAGCUGAGCUCCUGUCAAGUCAGCCAACGGAAAAUAAUUUAGAUACAAAAAUAGCAGAUAUCUUAUUCAGCAUUGAAAGAUUGGGAAGUGCAAUUGAUAAUAUGGAGAACUCAAAUGACUAUAAUUCGAAGCACAUCCUUUCACAAAUUGAAGAUUUACAAAACACUUAUGUCCAGCAUAAGGAAAAAUUACAGAGUUUACAACAGUCCUUGGAUGACUUCAAGUCGACAAUUGCCCAACAGUACUCACAAAUGCUUGCCGCUUUUUCAAAAUUCAACGAGAAAGUUAUUGGGGAAGUGAGAGAACAUCAAUAUAGCUUAGAUGGAUUGACUUCCAAAGUGGAUUUACUAAUGUCAAACCAUAAGGAAAUUGCUUACCAGUACCAAAAACAAUCGUCAUCUAAUGCAGAAAAGGAACCUGUUAGUACGAUCAUCAUAAACUAUAUAAUGAAGUGUUUCUCCUUCUCUUUAUACGUGGGAAUUGUGUUCUUGAUAAUCAUCUACAGAGAAAAACGGAGUAAGCAGCAUUCGAAAUUACUUUAA